GACUAUAUAGCCGUGUGAUCUGUCGAAGUGUCCAAUUUGCCGAAAAUUUCAAGAAAAUAUUAAAAUGAUCAAAUAAAACCAGUGAUUAACAUUUAUUCAAAGGGCCCAAGUUAAUGCAUCGAACAUGCUAUCGAGAUUAUUAGGAGAAUUUUUGUUAUUUCUCGUACAUUUGACUGUAAAUGUACUUGUUGCUGUUCAGAAUGUUUAUCACCAAUUUUGGGCAAAGAGGGAUGAUUUUCCAACGUGUGAGUUGACGAAGAGGGAGAUCAGUGUUGUUAUGGAACAUGUGCCAAGGCUGAAAAAGAAGUUGCAUCAUCUGGUGGUGCUGGCGCACACUGAGUACCACUCUCUUAGCGACCUAGCACGCGUUGUGAUUUGGAGUCUCGUGGCCGGGAUACCGUACGUCAGCUUGUAUGACGUCACAGGAAACCUAACGAAAGAAGAGGAGAAACUGUUUCUUAAGAUUGAACAACACAAGAAAGGUGUUCCUGGCUAUAUUAAAUGGGCAAAUAAACCAGAUUUAAAUGGUUACACCAAUGGUAUAAAUGCGCACACAGUGAUUAUCAACAUAUUCAAUGCUUAUGAUGGAAGACCAAAAAUUGCCCAGUGUGUGAGUCAAAUUGCUACAGAGAGUUGUAGCAUAGACAAGUAUAGAGAACUCACAGUAGAUGAGUUGAAUAAUAGACUGAACCUCAUGUACCCUUCCAUUCCAGACCCCGAUGUAGUUAUUUAUACAGGAGCAGUGUGCCGUACCAGUGGUCUUCUACCGUGGCAGAUUAGACUUACAGAGUUUAUACAGUUAUCAUUAGACCAUAGUGUAAAUGUUAAGAGUUAUAUAGGUGCUCUGUAUAAGUAUAAUAAAUGUGAUCAGAGGUUUGGUAAAUGAAAAUUUGUAACUAUUGCUAGGCCUAAGUGUUAUAUGGUUAGGUUAUUUAUUUAUUAUACCAUCCCCUGUAGCCAUUGAGAAUAAAUACCAGAAAUUGCGGUAA